AUGCCCGGCAGUGUGCGCGCUGCGUUUUCUUGGACGUUCAGACCGGAAGAGUACGUCCUCCUAACGACAUCUCCCUCAGCACUACCACGCGCCACUAAAUACCGUCGUCGAUAUUCUUGCUCAUGGCGUAGCUUCUUCCGCGUAUUCACCCUCCGAAAAGUCCUCGUCUCCGUCACCCUUGUCCCGGUGUUCCUGUUUCUCGCCAUCAUCUGUCAGGGAAUACCACCAAACUACGAGGAUAUCAGGUCAUUCGAACACCAUCUCCCUCAGCACUCCUUGUCAGGACAUCAGCCGCAGUACCUGCGAUUUCCAGGUCACCUGUGGGGCUUCGGGUUCAAUAAUGUUCUUCAAGAAGCUAUUAUGAUGUCUUACCUCGCCUACGUGUCCAACGUAUCAUUUGUCUUCGAAGACUAUACAUGGUCGCAUUUACCACUUCCAUGGACAAUUUACGACUUCGCUCUGCGUCCCGCACGUAUACCAUUCAACGCCCUCAUAUCGGGGCCAACCGCAGGAGGGCCAAUGCCUAGCGCACCGGAUGCACCCCGUGCAGUGAGCGCCGAGUUCUACGCGCAAGUCUGUGGAGGUCUUGAAAAAAAAUACAUCAUCACCUCCCAGAACGCGCCAAACGACGCAGACGGCGUUGUCAUGAUCGAUUGGUGGGCAGAUCAGCUCGCGUCCGUGCAACAGCCAUGCAUAGAAAUAGACUCGUCUGCCCACGUUGUCUUUGACAGCUACUUCUUCGGAAAUCCACGGAUUCUCUCUCUCUGGGAAUCCUUGACUAAAUCGCCCAUGUUGACUGACUUCGCUUGGUCGCCGCUUGUGCAAGCCGCGGUUUCGCGUAAUUUUGCUCUCUUCCAACCAGAGUCUGCUAAAGAUCUCUACGAUGCACAUUCCCGUAAUUCACUCGCUGGACUGGUCGCACUGCACCUCCGUAGGGGCGAUUACAAGCGACAUUGUCCGCACCUCGCAGAGUGGGGCGCAGACUACAUGGGUAUAAAUCAGCAUCCAUCGCUCCCUGAUCGAUUCGAUAAGUCUCCGUAUGUCAAUGACACGAAGGCAAGGCUGUCGUAUUAUCUCGACCAUUGCUGGCCGUCGACGGAGCAGGUUGUGGAAAGGCUAAGGGGUAUUCGGAGAGAGUAUCCUGGGCUGAGACGAGUAUAUGUACUCUCAAACGAGUGGGCGUGGAGUCUUGAUGGUCUGAAGAGCGCGCUUGAGGAGGAUGGGUGGGACGACUUGGUGAGCAGUGCUGAUAUUGUGCUCGAUUCAGAACAAAAGCACGUGGCUAUGGCAGUAGACAUGGCGAUUGCAGAGAAGGCAGAGGUGUUUAUUGGGAACGGGUUCUCGAGCCUGUCGUCGAAUGUGGUAAUGCUGAGAAUGGCGAAGGGGAUGGAGGGGGAGAGCAAUCGGUUUUUGUGA